UUGUUUUAGUAUCACCCUGUAAGAUAAGGGCGUUACAAUUCGACCUGCCAAUCAGACAAAUUGUUAACAGUUCAUUACAGACUUCCUGCAAAUGGACAUUAUUAGGAAGAUUUCUCGUAAGUUAGCAUGUUGACGGUUGAACUCGCUGUAUUAUCGUAUUGACUGACAUAUCGAUUUGAGAAAAUAACUGUUCUGUGUUAAAUAAAGGAUAAGAAUGUAACUUCUCUUCAUUCACAAACUUUUAUGGUUGGCAGUCACUACUAACUUUAAUUGAUUUUUACCAUACCUGCAUUUAACAUUAUACCUUCGCAUACAUUUCAAAUGAGAAUUAAUAAGUACUUAUUUGUAAUUUGAAAUGUAAAAGCACUUGCAAACAGGAUAGUGUUAUUAUAUAAACAAUACACAUUGGUCAAUUUUGUAAAAUAAAGAAAAUGACUGCACAAGAAGAUCCGUUCGAUUUAUUUUCAUAUCAUAUGCCAGAGGUAUCACGCUGGAACAUUUCCGGUGGGUUUGAUUCAAAAAGACCAUACUCUUCUUGUACGGAAAAUGGCAUCUGUAACUGGGAUAUAAACUCCACGGAUGGUAAAACUCACAUUGUGAACCAUUUCAAUGGUUCAAUUCCGCCGCUUCCGCGUGAAAUGACAUUUAAUGAUGACAGUGUUCUUUCCGUGAUUGCAUAUUCUUGUCUUUUUGUGAUCGCUGCUACCGGAAACUUGACCGUUCUGAUAACUUUGUUAAGGAGUCGGACUAUUAAAUCACGUGUAAACACCUAUAUUAUGCACCUCUCUAUCGCCGACCUAAUUGUUGCCUUUGUUAUGUUGCCUUUAGAAACCGUAUGGAAUAUCACCGUUUCAUGGGAGGCAGGUGACGCUGCAUGUCGAAUCUUAAUGUUUUUUCGUGCCCUUGGAUUUUAUUUAUCUUCCUUUAUCUUGGUGACGAUAAGUCUUGACAGAUAUUUUUCAAUAGUGCACCCUAUGAGUAUCCAUGAUGCUGAACGCCGGGGCAAAUUAAUGAUAUCCUUAGCUUGGGCUCUUAGUGUGAUUGCUAGUCUUCCACAGAGUAUAAUAUUCCAUGUGGAACGACAUCCAAUUUUUACUUGGUAUACACAGUGUGUGACAUUUGGAUUUUUUCCGACGCCAAGACAUGAGCUAGCUUACAACUUGUUUAAUCUUAUCACAGUUUAUGUUACACCUUUGAUAAUCAUCACUACAUCUUACUGUUUGAUACUUCAUAAAAUAUCAAAGAAUGCAAAGCUAGCUAAAGAGGAUUGCCUUGAAUAUGGUGAAUUUAAAUAUAGAUGUCAUACGUUUCCAGCUCAUCACUGUGCCAGAGCAGGAAAAAUAGGAAAAGCAAGAAUACGCACAUUGAAAAUGACGUUGGUAAUAGUUACUGUAUUUAUCCUGUGUUGGACACCUUAUUUCUUUAUGGCUGCAUGGUGGUGGAUAGAUAAGCAUUCCGCACAGGCUAUCAACCCAAAGGUACAAAGAGGAUUGUUUAUAUUUGCUGUGUCCAAUUCUUGUAUAGAUCCUAUUGUAUAUGGUAUGUUCACAACAGCGUUUAGACGUGAAGCACGGAAAUGGAGGGGCUGGUUUAAGAGACGACUUAGUGAAAUGGGCUUGUAUACGUUAACACCAAAUACUGCAAUUGCACAGGAGUUCUUCAGAUGAAUCGAAUAACAUUCUUGUGAUAUAUGCCAUAAGUGUCUUACGCAGAGGUCUGAUGAUUAAUCAUCAAUUGUUUACUUAAGAUAAAGAGUAAACGAUUCUGUACAUUUUCUUACAUGAGUAUAAAUUUAAUGCUUAUUUGAACAAGAAGCAAUUUAAUGGGAUGUAUCAAUAUUUUAUAUGUACAGCAUUACACAAACAUUAUACCCAAUUACAAGAAUUGCAUUCUUAAUUUGAAAAACAAUCGUUUGUUUUAUAUUUUGACUUUUUCUGACGCAUAUGCGUGUUAUGUUGAGCAAUGUAAGAAUCUCCUACGAUGAUAAUACAUCCAUCAUGCAUUCCAGUAUUGGAUAAGUAAAGUAACAGAUCUCUUGUAACGAAGGAAUUUAAAGAAAUGUUUAUUAACAUUUAGUUAAUGUUUCGUCUUCAAUUUACAGUGAAGUGAUACAACCUACAAAACAAUUGUUAUAUGGUUACUGUUGGCAUAAUAUAUACAUUACUAUAUAACUGGUAAAAUUGAUGUCGAAUAUGCAAUUUUUGCUGCACACUUCUGAUUUUACUUUCAUCAGGGUCACUCAAACUGAAAAAAAUGAAACACUUAAAAAAGAUAAAUAAAUGAGAGGGUGCAUAACCAAAUUGUUGUCCUGAAAAUAAAGACAACUCAAUAGUUAUCAACAAUCGGAUUAAUUAAUUUAUAUAAAAAUAACUUGGCAUCAUUAUAAAAGAAUACACAAGAUUUGCAAUAUUACCACUGCAUCCUUCUCUCUAUGACGUAAACCAAAUCUCCGUUAUUGUUCAGAAAUUAAACAAACGGAUUAUUACCAACUAAUCAAACCGGAAUUAUUCACUUCCUGCUUUACCAUUAAAAGCCUUUAUACUAACCUUCCGUUACAACCUUUAAAUGGUUGAUUGUUCCUUUUUAACUGUUGUCAUAGAAUUGUUUGAGACACAAAUUCCACUAUUAUAUGACUAUAAAAAUUCUCUAUGCUCGUUGGCUAAAAACGUAGGGAAUCUUCUUUUAUAAAACGUUAUAUUCACCGCGGCAAAAAUCACAGGAGGUUACAAUAAGAUUAGACAAUAGCUAACGUGUACCUAUCAAUAGUUUUUUUUCCUACGCAACAUCAAUAACGUAGGUCUGUUACGCCUUCUUUUUUGGUGUUAUUUUUAAUAAAAAUUUUGAUACAUCUUAUUGAAUAUUUCAACUUAUAAAAGUUAAGCAACUGACAAAGCAGAUCAUAUAUUUAGUAUGAGAGGAGCAGAUAUAUAUCUUGAGCAAAUACAUUAAUUGGAGAUGGAUAAAACAGUAACAUAUUAAAACAGUUGUUGACUUUUAAUAUAAGUUGAUACAAUGAUUCAUCAAUCCCAAUGAUAAGAUAUUCACACUCGGCCGUUUGCCUCGGUGAAUAUCAUAUCUCUGGGGCUGGUAAAUUAUUGUAAGUCAAUAAUUGUAUAAUAUCAUACGUGUAAGUGAUUCAGUUGUUUGCGAAUAUACGAUGGAACAGUUCCUAAUGAUACUUAGGUUUGAACAAAAAGGAGAUGUGAGGUAUACAUCAAUGAUAUAGUUACCAUACGACGACAAAAUUAACCAAAAUACAUGUAUAUUCAACAAUAAAAAAGUGUCUACAAAAUAUGUCAAGCUCUAAAUCUGAGUCUGUAAUAGAUGUGAAUUAAUUUAACAGAAGCAAUGAAAGUUGUGCAUUAAAACCAACUAAUUCUCCAAAUAACAAAAAAAACAUUAAGAUACAAUGUAUGACAUACGACAACUCAAAUUUUGAUUUUGUCAAAACUUCACUUUCUUUUCAACUACACAGAGGAAUUGUGUGACGUGGUUUGAAAAGUUAACAUUAUAAUGAAAAAAAUCCUGUAUUUUGUUUCCACCUUAUCCAUCCAGGUGUCUUUGAAAUCUGAAAUGAAAACGUCGUUACACAAGUUAUAUAUUUGACAUGAAUUGAAAAUAUGCAGACUGUAUUCUACAUUUUUGUGCUUAUUCAAUAUUUAAUUUUUACAUCAUUUUCAAAACAUCAUUACAAUUUCAAAUUUAAAAUACCAAGCAAAAGAAGGAAUGCAGUUUCAAUCUCUACAUAUAAAUUAAUAAAAAUUGGCAAAUAAAAAAUUGUAUGUCAAUGCUGAUUCACAUGAUAACAAACUGUAGUUCUAUUUAUUGGUUAAUUUUAUGUAUUUGUAUAUCAACAUUAUGUGUUAGAUGUUUGUUAAAAAAUCAUUCCUGUUAAAUUAAAGUAUAAAUAUUUC